UUUCGGAUCACUAGCUCCAAAAAGAGAGGUUCAAGCCUCUGCGUUAUCUCCCUCUCAAGUCUCAAUUGAGUUUGAUCAACAAGAUUUUUUUUAAGUACUCUACACCUCGAAGGGAGUGAAUUGUAGAUCUAGUACUACUACUUCAUUCAGUUCCCAAUUCAAAAGGUAGAUCAUCAUGGAGUCGACCAUGGAGUCAUGCGUUCCACCGGGGUUCCGGUUUCAUCCCACGGAUGAGGAGCUUGUAGGGUACUAUCUAAAGAAGAAGGUGGCGUCGCAGAAGAUUGAUCUUGAUGUUAUUAGAGAAGUUGAUCUGUAUAGGAUUGAACCCUGGGACAUCCAAGAGAGAUGUCGAAUUGGGUAUGAAGAACAAAAUGAGUGGUAUUUUUUUAGCCACAAGGAUAAGAAGUAUCCGACGGGGACGAGGACCAACAGAGCCACGAUGGCUGGAUUUUGGAAGGCGACUGGACGAGACAAGGCGGUGUACGAUAAGGCGAAACUCAUCGGUAUGCGGAAAACCCUAGUCUUCUACAAAGGACGAGCCCCAAAUGGGCAGAAGACUGACUGGAUCAUGCAUGAGUACAGGCUUGAAACCGAAGAGAAUGCUCCUCCACAGGAAGAAGGAUGGGUGGUUUGCCGAGCAUUCAAGAAGCGUAUAACAACGCAGAACAAGAGCAUUGAAGGAUGGGACUCUGCGUACUUCUACGAUGAUCAACCAAGUUCAAUGAGCUCAGUCGUGGAUUCAAUUGACUACGUUUCAAGGCAUCCUAAUUCAUCCAACUUCUUAUCCCAGAAUUUCCUAUGCAAGCAAGAACUAGAAGCAGAUAACUUGAGUUUCAUCAACUCUGACCAUGAUCCAUUUGUCCAGCUUCCUCAGCUAGAGAGCCCUUCUCUCCCACUAAUAAAGAGGCCAACCUCAUCAAUUUCUCUCAUUUCGGAAAAUAACGAAGAAGAUGAUCAACAAAUAAGAGGAUACUACAACAACAACGACAACGAUAAUAUUAACAAUCAGCUGAAAGUGACUGAUUGGAGGGCUCUUGACAAGUUUGUUGCAUCUCAGUUGAGUCAAGAGGAUAGAUAUGAUGAGAGUAGUGAUCAUAUUCUUCAUGGGGUGUCGAGCUUUGGACAUCAGAAGAUGAUCGAUAAUUUGGAUAUGGCGCCUUUGCCGUUGUACUUGCAGAGUGAUUAUGCGGAAGAAGGGAGCAAGAUUAAUGGGUUUUUUAGUUCGUCAAGUAAUUCGGACGACUGUGACAAUAUUGGAAUAUGCAUAUUCGAAAACCAAAGAGAUUUGAGUUAGCUAGCCUUUAUUAGAGAUGAAGAGGCUAUUACUUAUAUGAUGUGCUUGUUGUUGGAUGGACACAUGUUUUGUAAAAAUAUGGUGGUUUGAUUGAGUGAAGAAAA